AUGGCUGACUCGCCGGAGACGGGUCGAAGCCGGGACAAGGUCCACCACACGGUGACUGCCUGCGUGCGAUGCAGACAAAGAAAGACACGGUGUGACCCCGCGCUUCCCCGGUGCGAGCCCUGUGAAAGGAGCAAUGCGCACUGUGAAUACUAUGACUCAACCAAGAAUCGAACAAUUCCGCGAACAUAUAUCACAUCUCUUCAGGAAACCGUGCGCCGGCUCAAUGAGGAACUCAAGGCAUUGCAGAAAGAGGAGGAAUUCGAACCCGACCACGAGGCUAUGGCGCGUGGCGCAGGCUUGGUCAAAUUCAGUGAGAACGAUGAAUGCCGGUUUCUAGGGCCCUCAAGUGGCAUUGCCAUCACCCGGUUUGUCAUGGAGUUCGCAAAACAAAAUUCGACCCGGAGGACCAUCAAGGACGUCGUACCACAGCAUGCCGCUCAAGAGAUCAAAGACAAAUUUGAUGCCGAAAGCGACAAGCCUACGUCGAAAGUGUACCCUCUUAUCAGUUCGGUCGCUGCCCCGGAUCUCCCGAACCGUGAUCUCAUGGACCGCCUUGUCGAGAUUUACAUGGUCAAGGCUCAGUACAUGCUCCCGCUUCUUCACGAACCUUCUUUCCGUAAGGAACUCCAAGCUGUAUACGAUGGCUCAAAGGACCCAACCCUGAAUUUCCAGGUCCGUCUCGUUGUCGCUAUCAGCAUGCAAAAGCUGGACAAGCAAUACGCCGGUCUGGCCGACAGCUACUAUCUGGCUGCGCUCCCAUUCUUGACAGGCGCUGUCCAGAAGAUGGAUUUGUCAACACUCCAAUGCUUCGCGCUCAUUGCUCAAUAUUCAUUGCUUACUCCGACUCGAACAGCGGCAUACUGGGUGGUGGGGAUUGCGGCAAGGUUAUGUCAAGAGUUGGGUCUGUGCGAAGAAGAGACGAUCCAUCGACCUCCUUCCGGCGCCCGCCCUAAUGCCCUUGAGGUGGACAUGCGACGGCGGCUGUUUUGGAUCAUAACAUCCAUGGAGUACGGCCUUGCGCACAGUCUCGGAAGACCAAGCGCAUUUGGCGUAACUGUGGAUAAUAUCAACGUCAACUUUUUCGAGCUCUGCGACGAUAAAUAUAUCAGCGCAGACGGACUGCUACAAGGUCAUCAUCCAAUCAUGAAAAAGUGCAUCUCAAUACAUUUCUUCAAGAUGAGGCUGCUCCAGGCCGAGAUCAGGCGGACACUGUAUCUCAAGAAGCGAGAGGCACCUGUGCACGACCAAGACCCAUGGUUUCACCAGAUGUUGGCCAAGAUCGACAGCUGGGUUCGUGAUUGCCCCAAGAACGACGAGGGAUCCGGAUUGAGCGAGGCCUGGUUCAUUGGUCGCAAAAACACAAUGAUAGUAUUCAUGUAUCGACCAUCGCCGCAAAUUCCCAGUCCGUCCCUCCACGCAGCUCAGCAAUGCUAUUCUGCAGCCGUUUUCAACAUCAAACUCCAGAAACGCCAGGUGGAAGCGCACUUGAUCGACAUCACCUGGAUCUUUACCCAAGCCAUCUUUAUGGCGCUCAAUACAGUACUCUGGUGUCUGUCCUAUCCUGGCAUUCGACAGCAGCUUCCCUUGGAAGAGGUCCAGAUACACAUUCGGGACGCACUGAGAGCGAUCGACCUCUGCGCUGACCGCUGGCCGGGGGUGCGCUCUGCUCAGCAACUCUACGAGAACCUGGUUUAUGGCUGUCUCAAGGCCUACGAAGCCGACAGCAAGGAAUCACCCGCAUCGCAAUCAGACUAUGUCUCCUCUACAGCGACCCACGAAUUGAAUUCGGCGGCUGCAUCGCAGUUUGCGAACAGUCCAGCCAGUACAACCAAUACAUCGAUCUAUGGUGCCCAGUCCCCCCAAUCCAUCCACAGCGUCCACGUCCCGGCAAAUAAUCACAACUUCAAAAACGCAUCGACUGGCUACAUCGAUCAUGCGGCGGCGCAACAACAAUACCAUUCUCAACCAGAGAUGCUCCCUACGUCGACACAGCCAAUGGCCAAUCCGCAACAACAGUAUAUCCCUGCAACCACACACCCAUCACUUCCCCGCAUUGACGCUACUUCUAUGCACUACAGUCUGCCUGGGUUCGACCCACAUUCCUACCCAGCAACGACUGGUGCCUCGGCGGAUCCUGGUGGUCCGUGGUCAGCCGCGCCUCUCAUACCAGGCGUUAUACCUGGCAUAACGGGCUCUCCCAAUAUGAACUACGACGAUCUUCCAUACCUUGCCUCCUUCGGUCACGAGUACAGUCGGUACAUGGGGCAAUCUUUCCCUCCACCGGGUCCACAAGGGCCCCUUGGCUCUACGGGAACAGGAGCGGUACCAGGUAGCCAUUCUGAUGCUGCUGCCAGAGCAGGCGGUGCGGGCAACUAUGCGAUGCAGAGCCUGAGUUCCCAGCAACAAAUGGAACUCAUGGCUAUUCUGGAGAGUGAGCGGAGUAAUGGCCGACUACCGGAUGUGAGCGGGUUGGUUAGUGAUGCGACGACGUUUUAUACGGCGCAGUUGCCAUGA